ACUACUUUCAAUGUAUUAAUACUAUGACAAUGAGUUGGAAGGCAAAACCAUGUGAUACUUCAGGUGCUACUGUCUUUAGCUGGUGUCCACAAAAUGGCUAUUCAGACAUCAGUGGGGUUUGACAACUUGUCAUUGGCCUAUAUAAACACAUAUAAAGAAGGGUUUACCAUAAUAACUCUCACCACAACUUCAAAUCAUACAAAUCUUUUCUCUACUUUCAGAGUCCUUACUAAUUCUUCCCUUCCUUUUUUGCUCAUCUAUAUUGAACUAAAAGACCAUGGCUAUCCGUAUGCCUCGCAUAAUCAAGAAGUCUUCUACAACCGGAGAUGUUCCUAAAGGCCACUUUGCUGUUUAUGUUGGGGAGAAGCAAAAGAAGAGAUUUGUAAUCCCCAUUUCAUUCUUGAGCCAACCUUUAUUUCAAGACUUGCUUAGUCAAGCUGAGGAAGAAUUUGGCUUCGAUCAUCCAAUGGGUGGUGUAACAAUACCCUGCAGUGAAGAUGUGUUUGUUGAUCUUACUUCUCGCUUGAAUAGGAUCUGAGGCUUUUAUUUUCACAGUUUUGUAAAGAAUAGGAUUUUCAGUUUGUACAUAAGAUGAAUUAGGAAACACACAUGUAACUUCUCACUACUGUCAGCUGGAUCUAUAGAUCCCAAUUUUGAAUACAAUUUUCAGUAGUUUAGCAAAUGAAAUCAGUUCAGACUCAUUCAUUAUCCAAUUUGGUAAAUUAGUAUUUCU